AUGCUUCCACCACCUCAACUCAGUUCUUCCGCGGAAAAGCAAGAAAUUCCAGCUCGGAAAGGCAAGGCAGCGAGAGUGUCAAAAGGCCAAUUUAUCCGUCUCAUAAACACCCACGGCAAACAAGUCGUGGAUACCUGGGCUUUCAACGCCCACGAACUAUCCGAACGAAUGUCCAUGGAACACACUCGAGCUCACCUAGACAAAAUCCUCCCCGCAAUUGGAGACUCAUUUGUCACCAACCGCCGCGACCCUAUUCUCACCAUCGUCGAAGACACCACACCAGGCAAUCACGAUACCUUGAUGGCAGCAUGUGAUUCUCAUCGUUACGUUAAGCAAUUCCACCUUGCCGAAUAUCACGACAAUUGUACGGAUAACUUGAAGAACGCGCUCGAUGAGCUAGGAGAGCAGGGACAAGAGUUUUCGCCUAGUCCGUUCAACAUAUUCAUGUAUAUCCCGGUUCGGGAUGGACAAAUGCUUUCUUGGGAAGUGCCGACGACUGAGGCGGGUCAGUUCAUUACUUUUAGGGCUGAGAUGGAUUUGAUUAUUGCAUUUAGUGCUUGUCCAAAUGAUUGUUUGCCGAUCAAUGGCGGGACCUCGAUGCCAGCUCAUUUUCAGAUAUGGUGA